GAGGAUAGCGCAGUCAGACCAGUCAGAUGUCUGAAACGAGGUUGAGAUGGAUUGGGCAUAGAUAGAGAGGAGUGAUGCAAGAAAAGGAUGCUGAAGAUAUAUCCCUCAGGCAGGAAAAGAAGAGGGAUGCUGCAAAAGAGGUUUGUGAAUGGGAUGAGAGAGGACAUGCAGACCGGUUGGUGUAACAGAUAACGCAGAGGGCAGAGCGAAAAGGAGACGGACGACCCGUUGUGGAGCAGCAGAAAGGACAUUUACUUUAUAUAUAUACCUAUACUCGCAAAUUAGUAAUAGAAAUAUACGUUAUUGCGAAAUGUUUGUAUUACUGACAGAGAACAUAAUGCAGAAAUGUGGAGGUAAAGUUGGGGGUACUAGUCCUAGUUACUAAUCCGCACUCGGUAGAUUGAGCCGAGUUUAUACGAUUGGUCAGCGUUUAUUUUCCAGAAAUGCUAUCUGCAUGACAACUGAUUGAACUAUUAAUAAUUAAUGGAUUAUGGAAUAGUAGCCCAUCUGAGUCAGAAGUCGCAUGCACGAAUUAUGCGAACGAAUGGCCGGGUAAACAUUGCGGCUGGAGGUGCAGACGAAUUAAGUUUUUUAACAUUUUUCGUUGUGGCUGAUUCCAUGAACCAUUAACAUGUUAGUCAAUCUAGGACAUAGGCUUUUCCUGUUAAGUGAUGCGAUCGGCGCUGCUGGAUAUAAGUAUUCGAGGCUGACAUACUCUUCAAAAAGAUAUUGGACAUGUUAUGGAAGACCCAUUCAUAGUGAACAUGGAAAAAGGAAUGUCGAAAUUAGAGACAGAAUUUUGGAUGAAAGAAAACCGCCGUGGGAUAUCAUGUUUUUUGGAACAGAUGAAUUUGCAUUAGAGAGCCUUGUCGCCCUCCACAAUGAACAAAAGAGCGAGAGUGGCUUAAUAGGGAAGCUUGAAGUAGUGUCAGUUUCUCUGAAGAAAAUUGUUCCUGCAGUGAGUCGCUACUGUCGAAGUGAGGGGCUUGCGCUGCAGACCUGGCCUGUGGUGGUACCUCCUGGGGCCUAUGAUAUUGGAGUUGUGGUUUCAUUUGGACACCUGCUACCGGCAUCAGUCAUAAAUGCAUUUCCUCUAGGGAUCCUGAAUGUGCAUGGCUCGUUACUUCCGAGGUGGAGAGGUGCAGCACCCAUCAUACAUGCUCUGUUGAAUGGGGAUCAGGAAACAGGAGUAACAGUCAUGAAAAUUCAACCAGGAAGGUUUGAUGUUGGAGAAAUUGUUAGCCAGGCAUCAAUACCUAUCAGCUGGAACACAAUGAGUGGUGUUCUAACCAAACAGUUAGCAGAUCUUGGAGCACAUGAACUAAUAACAUCUUUGAAAGGAUUGCCAGGGAAUCUACAAGCAGCUACAUCACAGCCUAAUAAUGGAGUCACAAAAGCCCCCAAAGUCAAGGAAGAGUCCUCCAGAAUCAAUUGGGAAAAACACACAUGUAGAAAGAUCCAAGCUAUGUACAGAGCAUUGGAUGAUUACUUCCCUCUUUGGACCCUGUGGCAUGGAACACCUGUAAAAUUACGAGACAUGGUUAUGCAUGAGGAAUGGUCAUGCUUUGUGCCUAACAACAGAGAAAAUUGCAACAAAAAUAACAAUGUAGAGAAAGAGUUUACAUUUUCUGAAAGAACUAGUAAUACAAAAUGCGAAAAUGAGGAUGUGAAAAGUCUAUCACCUGGAUGUACAGUGUUCAAUAAAAAGACUAAGGUCCUGAGUGUUCAAUGUGCAGAUGGUUGUGUUAGUUUUAAGAAAGUGAUUGUGAAGGGACGUAAACCCAUGAGUGCUAAGGAUUUUUAUAAUGGAUUUAUUAGUAAGAAAACUAGAGAUUUACAUGCAUUUGAUAUCUGAAUUUUAAAUGUGCAAUUCAAGAAGUAGUUUCAUCAUCCUAAGAUGAUAGUUAAACUAUUGCAUUUCUUCUGUUUAAUAGAUCAUAAUUAUAUAUUAUUUAUAAAAUAUAAAAUAAAUAAGACAGAUUUGAUUUUUCUUGACCAAGUAGGAAUAAUUUCAAUAUGCAUCCUGUGGAGAGUUAUUUAUCACUGUGAUAACACUUAAUAUUGAACAAGAGGGCACUAUCCCAGAUUCACAUUCAAAUAAUAAGAUAUAAAUAAGAAAAGUUAAUCCAAAUCCGAUGGGCAUGGCAUGUGUGUAUAUGCCAGGCCCACUGUGAGUUUACUUUAUUAAUUUUUUACACAUAGAUGGGUACACUUGUACUAAGUCACCAUUGA